AUGCCUUCUGCGACUUCCCGCACCUAUUAUACCCUAAGCAAGGUUGUUAUUGAUGUGGAAUCCUUUCGAACUGCUCUUCAUCUUCCUCGACCAGAAAACUAUUCUAAAAUUCCUUCAGAAGAAAAAUGCAAGUCCAUUCAUGAAAGAUUAGGCGUUGAUGAUGAAAAAGACGAUGAUAAAGAAGACACAGAUGAUGAAGAAGACGCUGAAGAUGAAAGGAUGAACCUGCCACCGAUAAAGAUAACUCAAUCUCUGGGAGAAAGGUUGACUAGAGUAGAAAAGGAUGUGGCUAAUAUGAAACACAUUAUAACCUUGGGUGAAGAUGAUGAUAUGGUUAUUGAUGACACCCCACCAAAAUCUCCAAGUGAUAAUCCUCCUGUACCUCCACCUCCAUCAUCAAAUGCAUCUCCACCAUCUCAUCCACCUCCUUGCACUCCUUCUCCACCUUUUGGCUCUCCUCCCCAAUAA